GAACAUCAAUAGAACAGUGUGGAAAAUGGAAGGGAACAGUAGCGUUAUCACUUCUGCCAUUCUGGCCAUAGAUUACAUAGAUUCUUUGCUCCCACAAAACCCCUUACAAGAACCUUUUAAAAAUGCUUGGAACUAUAUGCUGGACAAUUUUACAAAAUUUCAAAUUGCUACUUGGGGAUCUCUGCUUGUUCACGAAGGCGUUUAUUUCUUAUUUUGUUUACCGGGUUUUAUUUUUCAGUUUAUUCCAGCAUUGCAGAAGUAUAAGAUACAGAAGGACAAGCCAGAACGUCUUGAGAAACAGUGGAGGUGCUUCAAAACAUUAUUGUUCAACCACUUCUUCAUCCAGUUACCGAUGAUCUGUGGUACCUACUACUUCACUGAAUUCUUCAAUAUUCCAUAUAGUUGGGAGAAUAUGCCACGAUGGCAGGUAAUUGCAAUGCAGUGUCUGGGUUGUGCUGUUAUUGAGGACACGUGGCACUACUUUCUACACAGACUGUUGCAUCAUAAGAGAAUCUACAAAUAUAUUCACAAAGUUCAUCAUGAAUUUACGGCUCCAUUUGGUAUGCAAGCUGAAUAUGCCCACCCAGCAGAGACAGUCAUCCUUGGCAUGGGCUUCUUUAUUGGCAUUAUGAUCUUCUGCAAUCAUGUCAUCCUCCUGUGGGCUUGGGUGACCUUUCGUCUCCUAGAAACAAUAGACGUACACAGUGGUUACGACAUUCCUUUGAAUCCUCUGCACCUUAUUCCAUUUUAUGGUGGUUCCCGUUUCCACGACUUCCAUCACAUGAACUUUGUUGGAAAUUAUUCUUCAACCUUCACCUGGUGGGACAAGCUGUUUGGAACAGAUUUACAAUUUCAGAUUUAUAAUGACAAAGUGAAGAAAGAGAAGGAAGUAAUUAAAAAGGACAAAUAGGAGGUGCUCUAAACCAACUGCAUAAUGUUUCAAAACAUGUUAUUGCUAUUAUGAGGAAAUCCAGAAAUCAAAUCAACAGUUGAAGUUUCACAAAAUGAUAUUCAUAAUGAAGUUAAACAACUAUGUUCUGCAUUGGAUAAGAAAAUUUAAGACUUCUGCAACAGUUCAAUUGAUGGACCAGCAGUGUUAACUUUACCCUCGUACAAACAAGAUGCCAAUGUUUAUCAUGAUCAAUACUGAAUUUUAUACACAGAAUACAAAGUUUUGCAUUGAAUACAGAAACAAACUAAUCUAGCAGUUCUUUCUCAUUGUAAAAUUAUUUGUUAAAUACUGAUUACUGAAACUAAUUGGCCCUAUUCAUUGAUGUUUUCAUUUACAGUAUUUCUACUUUGUAGAAAUAAUUGCAAGAGCAUGUUAUGUCUUAAGUGUAUAGAUACUAAUUUUGUGUGUUGCUGUGUUGGAAUAAUAGUUUGAAGUAAUGGUAGUGUUAUUCCAGGCAUUUUGAGGUUCAAGGUUUCUUACGGCAAUCAUUUUUGACGUGGAAUUAAUGCAUGAUAAGACACUUUGAAUCAAUAUUGGUUACUUCUGGCUACAGUUGCAUAAUACCACAGAUUUUAUAAAUAUCUUAUGAGGCAAUAGCUGUAAUUGGACACCAAAUAUUGCCAUUUGAUUCAAGAUCCCAGUUUCCAGAUACAGACUGCAACAUUCUCAAAGAUUGUGAAGUGAUGCAGUUUGGUAGAAGGAAUAGACAGAGGCAAUAUGGACAACAGCCCAGUUCUAAAGAGUGUGCCAAGAUCUUUGUGUGCCAGGACAUGUUGAGUAGUUACAUAAGAGUAUAUAGGUUGUUGAGCUUCAUAAAUAGAGGCAUUGAAUACAAACUUUUAUAAUGCUCUAAUUUAGCCAUACAAGUAUAAGAUUAUGAUGUUUAAGUGAGGUAGACAAAAGCUGUUCCCAUUUGCUAAUGUAACAGGACCAAGGGUCACACAAGGUUUUGAGCAAAGAGGUACAGGGAAGAUGCAAACUAUCUUCUGCCCUACCUCCACCCUGGGCAAAUGCAGCAAGUGGUAAUGACAUAGAACUGGUUCCCUUGGAUGGUGGUGGAAGUGGAGACAGUCUAAUUUCAAAAAGCAGUUAGAUAGACGAGGGAAAUAAACGUAGGGUUACUGGGGAAAUCAGGUAAUGGGACUUAAAUUUGCUCUACAGCAAACUGGUGUGAAGUUAGAUGAGCUGAAUGACUUAUUUUUGUGCCAUAAAGAUGCUGUGGCUCUAAUAAUGCUUGACAAAAUAUGAUCCUGGUUUUGAAGCUUUUUUUAAGCAACAGUUUCUCUGGCAUACUAAUCACUACUUGAUUACUGUAUAUAAAUUAUAUUAAAUUUAUAAAAUACUGCAGUACAUUUUCAAAUUUCAUUCACAUUAGUUUGCAUUCAUUUUCAGCUGGUAACUUCCAAACUACUGCGAGAUAAGAGUUCUCAUGCAAUAUUGAGAUCAUUGUGGGAAGUUAUACAGAACUGGUGUCUACCCCUUUCAUUUACAAGUAACUGGUAAUUGAAUUAUCAGUCAG